UACUGGAUAACACACUAUUGGAUUUAACAAACACAUUCUCCCUGAGAGUGUGCUCCAUCCUUGGGACUGGAUUGUAUAAACAGCCUGAUAUAUAUAUAUAACACUUUUGGAACACUUAAUCAACCCAAGGACUGUUUUUGACGAAGAGAAUGAAGGCCCGUGCACCACCUCCACCGCAGGCCCCUCUACCCGCCCCACGCCACAUCUUCAGAAACGCUGUACCGGAUGGGGGAGGGACAUCAGGCAUGGACGCCAAGGAGAACAUGCUUAGGCCCACCGUGGAUUUACAGAUAACCCUACCACAGGGAAACCAGACCUCAGUAACUGAGGAUGGCAGUAAGGCGCUGAUGGACCUGCUGGUCGAGCUGUGUAGCCGCCACCAUCUGAAUCCGUCACUGCACACCCUGGAGCUGUUGUCGCCCGAGGGCCACUCUUUGGGGUUCAAGCCCAACGCUCUGCUGGGCUCCCUCAACGUGGCCUGCGUCCUCAUCAAGGAGAAAGUCUGGGAGGACAGAGUGGUGCGCAGACCGGCGCCCAAAGUGCCAGAGAAAACGGUGCGUUUGAUGGUGAACUACCACGGCAGCCAGAAGGCAGUGGUACGGGUCAACCCGUUUUUACCACUCCAGGCUCUGGUACCAGUCAUCUGUGACAAGUGUGAGUUUGAGCCUGCACAUGUUCUGCUCCUGAAGGACAGCAUCAGUCGCCACGAGUUGCCGCUGGACAAAACCUUAACAGAGCUGGGGAUCAAGGAGCUCUACGUACACAAUCAGAGUCUAGUUCUCCAGCCUAAAAGGGCUUCUGCGCCACUUCUUAACUACUCAGACUCCUUCUGCUCCAGUACUACCAGUUUGGACAGAGCAGAGAAAAAGGGCCUCUUGGGUAUCUUCAAAUUCAGCAAGAGGAAAACCAAGACUGACACAACAUCUAUGGACAUGGAUGACUGUGAUGAUAAAGUUAUCCAAAUAACAGACACUCAAUCUAAUGGUCUGUCCACUGCGUCAGGGGUCCCCAGCGUAGAAGAUCGGCCCAGCACCUUAGGCCAGUCUCAGUCUGUCAUGAACAUACCCAGGAUGUCUCCCAAGGCCGAUACCAAGAAGAGGAGGGCCCCAGCACUACCCAGAGCCCCAACACCCACCAUGGGAUACACUAGCUGUGAGAGCUAUGAGAUCAGAGAUGGCUCAGAAAGCCAGCAAAGGAAAAGAAAGGCCCCAGCCCCUCCUCCCACCCCAGCUUCCAUCUCCCCAGGCCCUGACGACACUUCAACCUCUGCCGCUUCCACCCCUGAGAGCCCUGCUACUGAAACACCAACCCCAGUCUUCCGUAACAAGGCAGUACAGUCUAACACGGUCUCUGCUACCACUGUGGUAACGCAAACGGUGAAACGAGUCGCCUUGAAAACAACAGUAAACCCUUCACCUGUGUACGCCGCCACCCCGACCCCUAGUUCCCCGACACCAAGCAGCAGCACCACUGAUAGCCUGGCCAUCCAGGAUUCCAGCUCUGAACUCAGCCACAGCCUUAACGAUUCAGACAAUGACCUAGACCAGGCCGCUUCCUACUGCAGCAGCCUCACCAGCAGCACAGCGAGCGGGUCCGUGCAGGUCCAGCCCGCUAGGAAAAGCUCCAGCCACAGGGUGGAGGAAUCGGAAAAGGCCAGCAGCGAAGCAUCCAAAUUAAAUCAAGAAGCGACCCUGGCCACAAGCUCCAGGUCGGAGGCCGAGAUGGCCCUACACCUCAAACUGGACGACGUUGAGAACAGACAAAGCCAGACACACAGACACAGCGCAAUGGUAUCCGCUGAUCGACCAGUGCCAACCAAACCUCGUCGCUCCAUGGGGCAGGAACCACCACAGCUUGUCCUACCCCCUACUUUGUCCUCACCUCCCAUUGAGCCCACAGAAAGCAACUCCCAGCAGAGUCCCAUGGAGGCAGAGGAAGCAGCUCCCCAGUCUUGGCUCCACUCCAUGCAAAGCUCCACAGCCAGCUGCCGGAAACCAGAACCUGAAACACCCGAGGAGGAGACCAUGUCUUUGGGCAGCAGCAGCAGCGGCGGCAGCAGCCUGCCCGACCAGGGUUACGCUGCCUCCGAGGGCAUGGUAGAGUGUGAGGACUCAGGCAUAGUCAGCUCUCCAUCUGACACCCAACCCACAUCCCCAGAUGGGAGUUUGUCUCUGGAUGGAAGUAGCGGAGGAGAGAGACUGUUGGGACCAGUGCGGGACAAUUCCAGUGACAGCGAUGAGGGAUGUGCCACAUGGGGAUCAACACACAGACACACUGAUAUUAGCCCCCUGGCAAAGUCAGGCAGGUUAAAAGACAGCUAUAAAGAUGACCCAGAGCUCACAGCCAAGCUCCAUCAGACUUUGGAGGAUUUUGAAGCGGACCUUGCAGAUCCCAUAGACAUAGUGUCAUUGAAGGACACCCCCUAUACCAUGUCAACAGAUAGUAAUGACGUGCCUGUGUCUGUAGUGGACAUGGAUGUGCCAGUCACAGCCAUAGAUGAAGUACUGGAGGACUAUGAACGUCACAUUGUAGAAAACGAGACAACGUCACCAACUAGGAUUGAGCCAGCUGGCAGAAAGGGUCCAGGCUUUCGUCACCAGUCAAGUGUGGAGCCACAGAACCAAAACAACAAUGCUUGUACAGCUGCUGACAGUAAUACAAGCAGCAGUGCAAAUACUAAGCAUUCGUCUCAAUCCGAACAGCAUUGGAAGUCGCUGGAGAACAAGUCUGUAGCUGACAAAAAGGAAAAAAAGAUGCUGGGGACAAAAAUUAAAGAGAUAGAGAAAGAGAGUACGAUUGGUACCAACAGUGUGAAAGAGCAUAGAACAACAUCAUCAGUUAAACCUAAUGUUGACCUUCGGAAACACAGCAAGGGCACUGAGAUCACGCCUGAUUCUGUUAAAAGUAACACUCAAUCUAUUCAAGAGAAGAAAUCUGUUCUUCCACCAAUGAGUCAGGGAUCAGUGUCUGUUGAGAGAGAUGAAGAGAUGCACAGAGUUUACCAAAACAACUCUAGCUUAAAUGCUACGCAUGGUAAAAUCACUCGUAAUGUCACAUCACGCUUCGGUAUGAAAACUUUCACUGUAGUCCCUCCCAAACCUGCUGUCAUGCACGCUGCUACGGGAGAGCCAGCUGUCAAAUUAACUGUUGGUGCCAUUAAGAUUGACGAUCAAGGAAACAUGGUGAAAGGGUGUAUCACACUGAACAAAGUUGGUGGUUCAUCAGAGUCUGGAAAUAAUUCCGGUGAGGGGUCUCCUCUUCAUGGAAAAGCCAAAGCCUUCUGGAGCUCAAAUGAAAAACAAGAACGUUUUGUGCCCCACGGCAAAGAUCUCAUAGAUAAGGCUAAAGAGAGCACAGAUGGCCUGAAAAGUACUCCCACUGCAAUCUCAGUUACAACUUUGAAAAGCAGUAACACUGAGGACCUAAAACUGACGCAAAAUUCAUUCUAUAAACAUGCAGAGAGAGCCCAGCCUAAAGAGAUGGUCAAAGAAGGAGCUAAAGAACCAGUGCGAGCCGUUAAAGUUGCAAAAGAAGAGCAGGUAGAGGUGGAGAGCAAGAUCUCAGUGUCCAAAAAUGUUCAACAGCCAAGUAAUAAACCUGCCCUUCCCCCUCCUCUCCUUCCCGACCUGAAAAGAGACCUGUCCUUUCUCAAACCAUCCAAGCGAACCUCGAGCCAAUAUGUGGCGUCUGCCAUCGCUAAACACACCCCAAAGCACCAAAUCCAGCCCUCAGCUAAACCCAACUAUAUCCCUAAUGUACAUGACUCCCCUGCUUCUCUGAACUCACAGACUAUUGCUUUCCAGAGAUCAGGUCGGUCCAUAAAAGUGAAUCCACAGCAAUCUUCCCAGUCAUCUUCGUCAGAUAAUAAGGAGAAUGACUCAACUGCUAAAUCCAACCCUCCUGGCCCUAAGAGGUCUAUGAGCUACCCAGAGCAUGUUUCGGAUAGCCAGAGAGAUCUUGGAGAAGUGAGACCGGACAGGGGAGGAUUUGGAAGUUGUGUUGGAUCCACCAAGGGAAGCUCUAACACGCUGGAAACAGAAACAGCAUGGAAUAAGCACAUUCAGUCUGGUCGCCCCACCCAAAAAAACACAAUUGCCAGUAAUGAAAGCGAUAAUGUUAAACAAAUUCGGCUCAGAAGCCCCAGCCCUGCACGAAGCAGUCCUCUACACUCAUCUGCCAAACCACCCACAGUCCCCGAGACUGUUUCCAAAGGCCUAACAAAUAACACGAGGGACAUGACCAAGGUAGCCACCCAUCUAACACCUGAUGCAAAACCACAGCUUUCUGUCACAGUGUCAGACAAGGGUGUGACCCCUGGGCCUCCGCCGGUAACGGUGUUCGGGACAGUUCAAAAGUUCAGACCAGUGAUCUCUAGAUCUGUUGAGAAAGACACGUCUCUCCACGGCAGCCUGAUGGAGGCAAUCCAGACGGGCGGAGGCAGAGACAGGCUCAAGAAGAUUACCACUUCUGGCCCCAGCAGCAUGAAGAAAGCCUCUUAUGUUGAGGAGGAGAAUGAGAGGUCUACUCUUCUGGCUGCCAUUAGAGCCCAGGGCAGCUCCGGAAGUCUGAGGAAGACCAAAUCUGAGGCUGCUGAUGAGCUUGAGAAGUUCAGGGAGGUGACACCUAAGAUGGAGAGAGGUGCAGGCCCUCCUCCUUCUCCCUCACCCCCCUCUUUCAGUGGCACGUCUCUUCCUGUCUUUACCCCCCCGCCACCAGCACCCGUUAUUGCACCUCCACCUCCUCCUCCUCCUCCUGUCUUGCCCCAGGGUAAGCCUAGCACUGUGGGACAUCCAGGUGCUAACGCCCCCGUGAACCCUGCCUUAGCCAGGGAGGCUAUGCUGGAGACUAUUCGCUCUGGAUCUGCUGCUGACAGGCUAAAAAAGGUCGCUGCGCCCACAAAGACCGUCAAAGUGAAUGGCAGACUGGGAACAAUCCAAGCAACCUCCUCGACACUCCCUCAGCAAUAACAGGGGAAGCCGACAUGACCGCAACAAGGAAUACAUUUAUUAUUAUUAUUAUCAAUUCAUUUCAGUUUCUUUUUUUGGGGUCAUUGUGCUUUUGCAACAGACAUUUGGAAAACUACAUUAAGUCACAUUUUUUGGAGUAAAUGCUAUUUGAACGUUUUGGGGAACUUUAUAUUCUACGAUGUGUGACACAAAUUAUGAUAAAAAAUAUAAGAAUAAAGAAUAAUUUCUACAUUCAAUCUAGGUAAACUAGAUAAUUCAAAAAGGGCUUCACCGCUCUUACUACCGGUCUGGACCCUAUGCUUAAACAUGAUGCACUAAUGCUUAAAGAGUGUAGCAUAAAAGGGGAAUGAUUUAAACACUUCGACUUGUAUGUUGCUCUCCAAACAUCACUAACAUCCGUCUGAUAAAGGUGUUAAAGGUGAAAGGUUUGCAGGCAAUUCCACUCAUAUUAUCAGAUCUCUCACUUAGCUUCUGACAAUAGCUUACUGGAAAAAGUUUAUGACCUUUAUAACAUAAUCGCUGUUCCUAAAUCUUGCCAUCUGUACUUGAAUUCAGUAGUUGUAACUGGAACAUUGUACAAACUGUGUGCCAAUGAAAGCAAAUUUAAAUGGUUUAUGCUACUUUCAGAUCUUUUUUUUUUAAUUAUUUUUUUAGUUCUGAUCUGUUUUGUUUUUUUGUUUUUUUUAAGUUAAGUUAUGGAUGCCUUAUGCUGUUGCUCAGUCAGUGUUGUAUAUAUUAUGUUUGCUGUAAAAAAUUCUAUAGGGGGUGCAAUAUGUUGGAUCUGAUGAUUGUUCCAGAUUUGAUCUACUUAAUAUUUGUUCAAGAAAUUAAGUUAACUGAAAACUUAAGUACACUAAGCUGGACUCACAAUGUUGUUGUUUUUUUUGUGUGUAAUUGUUCUAGAUCUGGUCCAUAAUGCCAACUUCUUUUACAGUUCUUGGCUCUGAGGAGGAGUAAGAUGAUGGUGACUGACUUGUGCCUUUUAGCUCAAUAUACUCCAUGAUCAGUGCCCUGCUGGAACGUAUACUUCUAUAGUAGCAAUAUGACUGACUGUGCCUUUGAUGUAACUAGACGUGUAAGAGAAAUUAAGAUUAACUUUUCCUUUCCAUGACAUUUCAAGUUUCUUGAAGCACUGUUAUUGAAGUUUAUCAAUGGUGGAUGUCACCAUGAGCAAAGAGAUCAGUUAACUAAUCAACAAGUCACUGCUAGUAUGUAAGGGUUUGCAAUACAAACCACCAGUCCUAGGAAAGCAGUAGUUUAGGUUUAUCUAUGACUUUGAUUUGGGUAAGUGUUAUUAUAUUCCACUGUGCUCUGCUGCAGGUGAAGUUUACAGUAUGUAGUAGCUAUGGUUGAUAGAGGGAGAGUGGGCCAUUAAAUGGUAUCGCUGUGGAUAAAGUACAAUAUCCACGCUGAAUCAUCUCUAGAAUGAAGAAAAACCUAGAGCAUCCAUCAGGUGUACAUGCUUGCUGCUGAGGAUUGUGAGAUAAAUCUAAAGGGAGUUGAAGUCUUAGUUUUAUAGAGAUUAAUGUUAAUUAAUGCUCAGUUUCAACACUCAAAAAUAUUUUUACUGUUUUAUGUAUUAACAUGAGAGUUUCAUUUUUUAUUUUUUUUCUCUAACUAGAAGGGACUAUUUAAUUUCUGCUAGAUGGUUCCAUCUACACGCAAUAGCCUACAGCACGUUGUAGCAUUGUAUAUUUUGUACACUAAAGAAAGCUUGUCGCCGUGAAAGAUUCGAUUCAAUCUUUUAUAGAGAGCCAUUUCACUGAUAGUGCAAACCUUUUAUAAGCUAUUGCUUUUUAAGUUUUAAGUGCACAUUGUGUUUUUCGGAAGGUUGCACAUUUUUGUCUACCCUCAUUUUUUGAUUCAAUAAACAA